AUGGCAUUUUCAACGGCUCUUUUUAUUGUCGUGUUCAUUUUGCUGUGCGGGAGUGGAGGAAGCUAUGGGAAUAGCGACACGGGAAAUGAAAAGAUGGCAUUACUUGCGCAAGGCAAAGGAAUAUCAACUACCCAAGGCAAAGGACAAACGGCUACUGAUGGCAACGGAAAAAUGACCACCGAUGGCAAGGAAAAAAAGAUCAUCAAAAGUGAAGUAAAUGCGACUACCGAAGCGGCAGGUGUGGCCGAAGAAGCAGAAGACGAGGUUACAACCGCGAAAGAGGCAGCGGAAGAAGCAACCGAUGAGGCCCAUGACGCGAGCGCAAAAGAAAGAGACGUCUCAACUGAAGCAAGCGCUGGAAGCAUGCCUCAAAUGAGUUAG